CAUCAAUCAGCACUCCUUUGUUUGUUCGGUUUAUUCUGGUUUUAAUAGUUUGAUUUCAAGCUCUUUAUUCUGCUCCAACCUAAAAACAAAAAAUAAAAUAGUUUCUCCCAGUAUCAUCGUUCGAUUCUUCGCUCCGCAGCUCAGGGUUUGUACGAAAUGGCUGAACAAAAGAAGAAACAACCUGUUUUUAUCAAGGUUGACCAGCUCAGGCCAGGAGCUAAAGGCCUCAAUCUAACAGUAAAGGUUGUUAGUUCUAAGGCGAUAAUGCAGAGGGGUCGUGCAGAUGGAACUCAAGGACGCCAAAUGCGACUUGCUGAAUGCUUGGUAGGCGAUGAGACAGGAAUGAUUAUCUUCACAGCCAGAAAUGAUCAAGCGGAGGUGAUGAAAGAGGGCACUACUGUAGUUUUGCAGAAGGCGAAGAUUGACAUGUUCAAGGGGUCAAUGAGACUUGCGGUGGACAGGUGGGGCCGUGUUGAAGUAACAGAGCCUGCUGGUUUCUCUGUCAAGGAAGAUGGCAAUCUCUCGCUGAUCGAGUUUGAAGUUGUGAAUAUCAUUGAAGGGUAACUUGUGAAUGGUACUCAUUUCUAUACUACCAAUAUUACAACCCGAAAAGAUAAUAUCAAUCCAAGGAAGAAUAUCAUCACUGUUUAUUGCGCAAUUGCCUCCAAAAUCUCGCGAAUAGAGUCGAGCAAUUGGUGGAUUCUGGAGUAGGCAGCUAGUGGAACCUGUUAGUUGGACAUAGAGUGUGACUGCUAUAGGCUAAUUACAUGAAGCACUUUGCUUUGGUCUGUUCAUUUUCUUGUUUUAGGAUAGUAAAUUAUAUGUUCCUUUGUAAUAACAUGAUGAAAUUUUGUUGGUUCUAUAACUUAUAUUAUGGCAUCUACAUUCAUUAUGGUUA